GCGCGCCGGGGCUGAGCCUUGCAAACAAGUGUCUGUGGCAGUGUCCCCGCGGCCCUCCGGCGGCCCUCGUCGCUCUAGGGCUGGCUCCUCCGGACAGAAGGAACCGAGGAAGCCCCGGGAGCCGCCGCCACCGCCACCACCCUCGGCCUUAGCCCCGCGUAGGGGCCGCGGACUCAUCGCGGCUGCUCGGUUCGUGGACGCGGGGUCGCAGCGCGGGCAGCGCCCCGGCUCCUUCGGAGCAGCUCCUGACAGAAGAACGCGCGUGGCUGUCCCCACCCCUGGGAGGGGUUGCCGGUGCCGCGGGCUGCCGCCCAGUUUGCAGCGCUCUCUCCUGGGAGAAUCCGUCACCGGGAAAGAGUAGAAACCACCUGGCUGAGGCGCAGAAGUGGCUCCGGAAGGAGCCGGCGUGAGGUCCACUGCCUCGUGUCCCCUAAGGGCGCGGCGAUCGGGGAUCCGCGGGCCAGAGCCCAGGCGCAGCCGGGAGCUUGCGGGUGGCAGAGCCAGGCGCACCGCCAUCUGGGUGUCUGCUGAGCGGUCCCCCGCGCCCCGCGGGGUCCUGCCGCCCCGAUCCACGGGCUGGAAACCACGGAGAACCGCUGCCGCGGACUGCGGACCAACACAGUCCCUCCCGAAAGCGGGUUCUGCUAUGACAGCUGGGCUCUCCCAGGGGUUAACCUGGGUGUCUUCGGCAAAGUUGUCGCCGAGCCGGGAGCCCGUUUAGGGGUCGCAGCGCCGCGGCUUGGGAGACGGCCAGGUGGCCGGCGGCGGCCGUGGCUCGGCGGGACCCGCGGGGCCGGGGGGCUUCUGGGGGUGUGCGCCCCCAGCCGGCUGCCCUCGUGGAUGCCUCCCGGCGGCGGCGGGCCCAUGAAAGACUGCGAAUACAGUCAGAUCAGCACCCACAGCUCCUCCCCCAUGGAGUCGCCCCACAAGAAGAAGAAAAUCGCGGCCCGGAGGAAAUGGGAGGUGUUCCCGGGAAGAAACAAGUUCUUUUGCAACGGGAGGAUCAUGAUGGCCCGGCAGACUGGCGUCUUCUACCUGACGCUCAUCCUCAUCCUGGUCACUAGUGGACUCUUCUUCGCCUUCGACUGUAGGUACCUCGCAGAGAAAAUCACCCCUGCCAUCCCCGUGGUCGGUGGCAUCCUGUUCUUCUUUGUGAUGGGGACUCUGCUUCGGACCAGCUUCAGCGACCCUGGAGUCCUCCCUCGAGCCACUCCUGAUGAAGCUGCUGAUCUGGAACGGCAAAUAGAUAUCGCCAAUGGCACUAGUUCAGGGGGGUAUCGCCCACCUCCCAGAACCAAAGAAGUGAUCAUCAAUGGCCAGACUGUGAAACUAAAGUACUGUUUUACCUGCAAGAUUUUCCGCCCCCCUCGAGCCUCCCACUGCAGCCUGUGUGAUAACUGCGUAGAACAGUUUGAUCACCACUGUCCCUGGGUGGGCAACUGUGUGGGGAAAAGAAACUACAGAUUUUUUUAUCUGUUUAUUUUAUCCCUGUCCUUUCUGACGGUCUUCAUAUUUGCAUUCGUUAUCACACACGUCAUUCAUCGUUCACAGCAAAAGGGAUUCCUCGAUGCCCUUAAGGACAGUCCAGCGAGUGUGCUAGAGGCUGUAAUAUGCUUCUUCUCUGUCUGGUCCAUCAUUGGCCUCUCAGGUUUCCACACGUACCUGAUCAGCUCCAAUCAGACCACAAACGAAGAUAUCAAAGGCUCGUGGUCUAAUAAAAGAGGUAAAGAAAAUUACAAUCCCUACAGCUAUGGGAACAUCUUCACAAAUUGCUGUGUCGCCCUGUGUGGGCCCAUCUCUCCCAGCCUAAUUGACAGAAGAGGCUACAUCCAGCCUGACACGCCACAGCCAGCAGCACCAUCAAAUGGGAUCACUAUGUAUGGGGCCACACAGUCGCAGAGUGACAUGUGCGACCAAGACCAGUGCAUUCAGAGCACCAAAUUCGUUUUGCAGGCCGCAGCCACUCCCCUGCUUCAGAGCGAGCCCAGCCUCACCAGCGAAGAGCUGCAUAUGGCUGGGAAGCCGGGCCUGGGCACCCCAUGUGCUAGCCUGACGCUGGGCCAGCCCACACCACCCUCCUCCAUGCCCAACCUUGCCACGGAGGCCACACUCUCAGACAUUAUGCCCCUGAAGGAUGAGCAUGGGGGCCACCAGUUUCUGACCCCAGAUGAGGCACCGUCACCGCCAAGGAUGCUGGGGGCAGGGAGCCCCCUGGCACACAGCCGUACCAUGCACAUGCUGGGCCUGGCCAGCCAGGACUCCCUUCACGAAGACUCCGUGAGGGGCUUGGUAAAGCUCAGCUCCGUGUGACCGCCAUGGCCAGCGCUGGGGACCACAGGUGACAAACAAACAAAAACAAAUUACUGGACAUAGCCAAACGGACGUUUUGUUUGGAAUCUGCAGAGUGGGCCAGGGGAGGGGAGACCCUCAACGGGAGGAGCCUGGAAUUGAAAGAGGCUGCGUGGAUGCAGCGCCCUCUGUCGGCUGCUCUUGGGACAGACAGGAGGAAAGUUUUCGACACUGGUGGCCAGACUGAAAUCGGACUUAAUGUUACGCUACUAAUUGAAAUCGACCUGCUGUUCCAUUUGUUCAUUAAAACAAAACGAAACAAAAGUCCCAAAGGGAAAAGCCGGCCAGACAUGGGAUUGCAUGCCGCACUACAGUCUGUGUUACAGUGGUGGGAUUCCAGAAGAAAAGCUUUCUCUCUGUUUGCCUUCUUUUUAAUCUUGUGAAACUUUCUAGUGCGACAGACAGAGCCCGAUGGGCGAUGCGGUCCUUCGUGACUUACUGGACUUAGCUGUAUGAGGAUGGGCAUUCCCCGAUGAAGAGGGCUACUGGGUGGGCAUCCUCUGCUGCAGAGGGCAACUGGGGUCCAUCCUGCCCUGGACAGACAUUUUAACCCUCUGUCAAUGCUUACACUGGUGUCGUAUUGUGCCACCAUGGGGCAGUCUUCGCCUCCUGUGUGAUGACCUUCCUGUGGACAGUCAAUAAAAUGACUCCUCUGUUAUUUUCUUGAUCUGUA